UUUAUUCGCUUGGCUGAUAGAUGAUCAUCGUUGGUGAAAGCGGAACCGACACUUGAAAAGUCUCGGUCUGAGUUGUAUUGGCUGGGAUGGACUUGUAGGAAUGUACAGGAUUAGUUAGAAUGACUGAGAAGAUCGGUUGAAGAGGAAUAAAACAUUUGCUUAAAAUGUACGACUUUUGCAAGUGCGACAACGAUAAUAAAGGACAAAAGCAAUAAUAAGGACUAAUACAAAGCAAAAACGGUGAGAUUGAUGUAUAUACUUUGAAAUGGUGCAGUUAUUUUACUACGAGACACGAGGGAAAUGUUGCAAGAAGUUUUUGAACCAUGAAGGGGUUCCGACAAAGAUUCAUUUGUUCCCAUAUGAAGGGUGGGCUCAACCAGCAAUGACGUCAUAUUGGCUGCUGAAAACAUAUUGGUGGAGUAGGUCACGUGUAAAAAUUACAGAAGUUACUGGGUCGCAAACGCAUGAAGUUAAGGGAAAAGUUCAGUGCAUCAAAAAUGGUUCUAUCGUUAUUUCCGGUAAAAUAAAAGACAAAACGAACAGCGACUUCAGAAUGUAUCUCACAUCGAAUGUUGAUAGUGGUGAUUUCCAACUUGGCUAUUGUGUGACAGGAACGCUUGAAAGGGGAUGUAAAAAGUCAGAAAAGGGUCUUAGUCUGACACAUUAUGCCAUGAUUAAACGAAAAGGGUACUAAUUUCGUAAUCCAAUGGUGUAUGCCUAUGUCAAUUUUUUUGCUAUAAAUUGGCUUACUUGUUGAAAUUUAAUGGAAAAUGCCAUAUAUGUUACAAUCGAAUGUUACAAUUUAUAUAUCUGUUAAAUAUUUAUUAUUGUGUUUAUUGUUGAUGGUAAAUGUUUAUAUUAUUUGUUAUCAAUAUUAUACCUAAAAAACUGCCAUAUAUUGAGAUGGCUUUCAAAUGUCUGUGAAUUGAUGUUGGUUUUGUUAUCGAUAAAUAUACUUUAUGUUUGUUUGGUAAUUUAUUGAUGCCUUGACAGGUUGAACAUUUGUUUUUUACCAUUGCUGUUCAUACAUUGUUUUGUUUUGAUUUCACAGUUUGUUUUAUAGGUACAUGCUGGGAUUAUGAAUGCCUUAAUUUGCUGAAAUCCGGCAAAUAUGCAUUGACAAAAUACAAAAGGAAAUCAGACUAGAACACAUCUUUAUUUUUUAUUUUCCUCUAUGUA